AUGGAUGGAGAUAUCUCUGAGAUGCUGGAAGAUUUUGUAUCUGGCCCUCUCGUCACUUGGGUGGAAACCCUGGAGAGUCUGACAGACUCCAUGAGUGAUCAGUCUCCUAUGCCCUGGGAGAAGAAGAGACAAGAGGGCCCUAAAGAGUAUUUUCUUCAGCUAGCUGCUGGAGACUUCCUCAUGCAUGUCAUGGAAAUAAUAGACCUGAUUCCUGGGGGAACACAGCCUUCUUGGAGCAAGCAAAGCGGUGAGGCGCAGAAGUUGCAGACACUUCUGCAGCGGCUGCACAGAUUCUACCAGGAUGAUCUGCAACAACUGAUUCUUACAUCUCCGCCUAACGUCUAUCUUUUGGCCAGAGAUCCCCUUACAGCACAGGGUAUCAAGGAGAUGAGGAAGCUGCUCUUGCUUUUGCUGGGAGGUGCCGUACAGUGUGAACAGCGAGAUGAGAUCAUUGGCCGUAUCCAGACCUUGGACAUCGAUACUCAGACUGCCUUGGCUUCUGCCAUCCAAGAGGUGACCCAAGAACCCAAGAACAUGCUGAGGCUCCAGUGGAAGGAACUGGCACCCUUGGAGAUGGAGCAACUCCUAUGGGACUUAGUGCCCUGUAUUCGAGAGUUGGUGCAUGAACGAGAUGCAGGCUUGGAGAAAUUAUGGGAGCUGCAGCAGGGACAGCGGGAACCCCCCCAAGUUCCCCCAUCCGAGAACAGCCAUCAGCAUCUUGGGGUGCAACUGGCUGAAACCCGAGCCCAGAUGCGGCGUCUGCAGCACGAAUUGGAAGAGAAAAUGGAAGAGCUGCUGGAUCAACAAGACGAAUUAAAGGAUUUGGAGGGGCAACUUCAAAAGAUGCGGCAAGAGAACCGGAAACUGGCAGGGGAAGCCCGGCUGGCUAGGCUGUACCGGGACGAAUUGGAUGCCUUCCGAGAGAAAGCGGUGAGGACAGAACGGCUUCAGGCAGAGUUGAUGACCCUCAGGGAACGGCUUCCUGCCUUAGAGCAGUGCCGGGUCCAGCUAAAGGAGGAGCGUGAAUUUUCUCAGGCCUUGCUGGAGACCAAGGCUAUGUUGGAGGGGCAGCUAGAGGCAGUUCAUGCCCGGGAUCAGCGUCUGAACCAAUUGGAAAAGGAGAAGGAGAAGCUGCAAAUCUGUCUAAACCAGGUCCAAGAGGAACGGGACCAGAUUUAUCACCAGACAGAGGAGCUUCUGACAGAGAACUUGGCUUUGGAGAGACAGCUGAGGAAAAGUUUGGUGGAGCCCCUGGACUUUCUCCGGGCAGAAGAACUGGAGUCUGACUGGGGCCCAGAGAAACUUAAUGCGGUGCCUCUGUUGUUGAGCUCUGAGGUGAGGGAGGCAGGUCGGUUGCCUGCCCUGGAGCGGGAGAACCAGGAACUGAGAAGGAAGCUGCAGGAGGCACUGGAAAAGUCCAACAAUUCUGGGAGCUUGGGAAGGGAGCAAAAAACUAUGGCUCUUCUUCACAGAGAGGUGGAUCCUCAGGCUAAAGAGAAGGUGCCAGACUUUCGCGAUCAUUCACUGCAGACUCCGAACCGGCAGGCUGAGGAGAAGCGGAGUGAGGCUGAGGGACUGGCCUCAGAAAUGGGGAGAAGCCAGGCUCUAGAGCAAGAGGCCAAGGCCUUGCUGACAGGAAUGGAGAAGGCGCUGUCAGAGGCUCGGACUUUGUUGAGGGAGGCUGAGGAACAGCGGGAGGCGGAGGCCCGUCGGGCCUUGGGCCUUGAGGAACGGCUGAGGACCCUUCAGGAGGCACAUGCCAAAGCUCUAGAAAAACUAGAGCACGAGCGCAAGCAAAGGGACCUGGAGGCCGAGCAUCUGGUGGAAGAAGUCCAAGCCUUGGAGCGUGAGCGGGAAGCCCUACAGGCUGGAGCCCAGGCUUUGCAGGCUGUGGCCACCCAGGCUGAAUUUGACUUGAGGGAGGCCCAACGGAACCUUCAGGACGAACGGCUGCAGGGGGCCCGGCUGGCCCAGAAGGCUCGUCAGACAGAGGAGGAGAUGCACGAGGCCCAGCGGGAGCUGGAGGGCCUGCAGCGUGGCUUGGAGCAACUCAAGGUGACCCUGGCGCAGCUGGAGGCAGAAAAGGGGGCUUUGGAGGAGGCGUUGAGCCAAGCUGAGAGCCAGAGGCGGCAGCUGGACAAGGAUAAUCGGCGCAUGAAGGCGCAAACGCAGGCCCAGGAAGAGAUGCUGGCGGGGCAGAAUCUCCGCCUCAUCCACCUUGAGUCCCAGAGUCGGCAGCAGGGGAUGGAGCUGAGCCGCCUGCAGGACGUCUCCCAGCGAGUCAGUGAUCUGGAACGGGAGAACAGCAGCCUGAAGGAACAGCUGAAUGCCAAGUGUGAAGUGUCGACCAACCUGGAGAAGGACCUCCAGAGGGAAAGGGCAAAGGCUGAAGAGAAGGAAACCGCUUUGGCUCAGCUGAGAGAGCAACUGUUAAAGAGAGAAGGUUCCAAGGAAGAGCUAAAGAGCAGGCAGUGGAGCUCUGUCCAAAAUCAGGAGCUCCAAGAGGGACGUUCCCCGGGCAAGAAAGCAGAGGAAGACAACAGCACAUUCCAGAGGCAGCUGCAGGAACUGCGCGCUCUCAACCAGCAACUUACACACGACCUUCAGCUGGCAAAAAGCAGCUCUGUUGUUCCUCCAUCAUUGGAGAAGCCUCCUGUGACCCAGAGCACCGAAGGACAGAAAUGGCCUUCCUCCCACCUGCAACCCUUCCAGGCCAGUACAGAAAGUGAAGCCCUGAGUGCGAGACUCACUGAAGUGGAACACAGAAAUGCUGCUCUCCAGGCUGAAAAACUGGCGCUUACAGUACGUCUAGGCCAGCUGGAGUCACAACUCAGCAGCCUGCAGGGGGCACUGCUGAGCCUGCAGGGUCAAAGUUCCGAGGCAAAAGAAGAAAACGGGAAAUGGCAGAAGCAGACCAGUGCACUGCAAGUAGAGAUAGCCUCAUUGCAUUCCCAAAAAACAUUACUAGACUCUCAGGCCUUGGAGCUGCGACAAAGGCUGGCUGCCCUGGAAGCAGAAUCUUGCCGAUCCCAACAAGAGCGGGAAGAGUGGCGGGGCCGCUAUGAAGCUCUCCUGCGGGACCAUGACCGCUUGACGGUUCUGCAUGAGAGGCAAGGAGCUGACCUGGAGGGGCUGCUGGGUAAGCACGCCAGCCUCAAGGGGGCACUGCGCAGCCUGGAACAGGAGCACCGCGAACUGCAGGGCAGGCAUAACCAGCUGCAGGGGCAGAAAGCUGGUCUCGAACAGCGGGAAGAGGCACUACGGGGGCAACAGAAGAGGCUGGAGGAGGCUGAGCAAGAUCACCAGGAACUGAGAAAGCGGCACAGUCACCUGACGGAGGAGCACGAGAGGGUAAAGCAGAUGCUAGCACAGGCAGAACGGGUUAAGGACGACCUGCAGGGGGAGUUUCGUGGCUUGCAGAACCGGAUGACGAACCUGCAGCUGGAGCAGGCGAGGUCAGAGGCUGAGAAUGGAGCCCUGAAGGAGCAGAAUCAGCAGCUGGACACAACACUGGGGCGCCUCAGCACCCAAUGUGAACUCCUGGCCCAGUUGAAGAGGAACCAGGAAGAGGAGAACCGGCACCUUCUGCAGGAAAUCCAGGCAGUGAGCAGGGAGAACCGACGGCUACUGGAGCACAGCAUGGAGAGUCGUGAACAUUUUCAGGAAGAGCAGCGUCAGUACCUGGACAAGCUGGGCGAACUGCGUCGGGAGAAGCAGAAACUGGUGGAGAAGAUAAUGGACCAGUACCGGGUGCUGGAGCCAGCGCUUCCUCGUGGCAAGAAAAGUAAUUGGAUCACUGAGAAAUUGAAGAAGCUGAUGAAACCUCGGCGGGAGGCCCCCCGCGAACAGCUGCGUCCCAUGGCUGAGGGUGCUGGCAGCAGUGAGAGCCUGACGGGUCAGGAAGGGCCUGGUUCUGAUGGGACAGCUUCCAGCGCUCCCAGCUCACCAGCCCCUCUACACAAAGCCAGCAGCGCCCUCAGCAUCCUGGACGCCCAGCAGAUACACCUGCGCCGCCACCGGCUCAGCUCCCGUCUGCCACCCGUGGAAUCCCCAGGGCCCCAGAGCGAAGAGAACCAGGCCAACCCCCGCCAGCGCUUCCGCCAGCGCCGACUGGGAAUGCUGGGGGAUUCCCGUGAAGAGUCUUUCAUUGCUGCCGCAGCAGAGUGGCAAGUCCCAAACCAGAUUAACACAAGGAGCCUGGAGGAGAGAGGACCACCUCUGGGUGAAGAGGAGCAGACCCCCAAGAGCCAGCUGUGAGCCCAGUCCUUUUGGAGGGGGAGUCACCC